AUGACAAGUUCUAGCUUCUGGGGCGCGAGCCUAGGCCCUCAAACUCUCUGGUGGGUGCAGGCGAUUAGCAGAGAAUUAACGCACUAUAAGGACUGUGUAAAGCUCCAGGACUGGGAGAUUAAGAAGCUCACACACGAGAAAACUGUGCUGAAACGUCAGAAUGAUCAACAAAUCACUUGCCAGCAACAAAUCAUCCACGCCCAGACAAGGCUCAUUGAAUCGCUGAGACACCGGGUCGUCCAGCAUCGAGGGGUCUCACUCACGGAGCUUGAUCUCGACUCUUUGUUUCUGCCACAGUCGGCCGAAACAUGUCACGAGGACUUUGUACCAGAUUCUCCCUCAUCGGGGAUGUUUUCUACCAACAUCUUGACAGCCAUGGCUGAAUCCACAGACGGCGAAGCACCAAGUGUUGGUGGGUCCUACACGUCGAGGGACCAAAGGUGUCAAUCUUCUCAGUUUGCAGAUGGAAUAAGCCAAUAG